UAUGCAACCAUUCUUACUUGGAACUAAAUAAAAUACUAUUUCAGAGCUUUGUAACUGUGAUCAGGUUAAACAUGGGCAAAAGAUUCUUCAUUUUCGUUUUUCUUCUUCUUUCUCUCUUGUUGAGUUCUAUGUUAUCUGCAACAGAGGCAAGGGCAUUGAGGGAUUCAAAGUUGCGGUACAGCAAUGCUGGUAAAAAGAUUCACAAGGCAAUGAUUAAAGGGUUGGUUCUUCAUGCUGUGAAGGUUUCAGGGCCAAGUCCGGGUGAUGGACACAGAUACAAUAAUCUUCAAAUUACGGAAGAUGAGAAAUCUGGUCCUAGCCCUGGAGAGGGACAUAAGUAAAUCAAUGGCGCAAUAACAAGUGACUUCAACAUUGAUUCAUUUCUUUUCUCAUUCUGAACUUCUUAGAUUGUUUAGUCAUAACUACGUGCAAAUAUUUGAUGAAAGUGUUGGUAUUAGAUAUUUGAUGAUAGUUAUUUUGCAUGUUUCUUUGGGCAAAUACGAAAGUUGUUGGC